GAUGGAGCUGCUGGCGGUGCUGGGCUGUGCCCUGCUGCUCCCCAGGGCCCUGGCCGAGGAUUGUCCAUCCCCGUGCAGCUGCUGGUCCCUGGGGGAGCCCUGGGGGACAGGGGUGGACUGCAGCUCGCGGGGGCUGCGCGCCCUGCCCGCCCUGCCCCGCCUGACCCGCAGCCUGCGCCUGCACAACAACAGCCUGGCCGCCAUCCCCGCCGGAGCCCUGGACAGCCUGGGCCACCUGCAGGAGCUGCAGCUCUGGGACAACCCCUGGCACUGCGACUGUCACAUCCUGUACCUGAAGCUCUGGCUGCAGGAUUUCUCCGCGCCCGCGCUCGCCCGCCUCAGGUGCGCCAGCCCCGCUCGGCUGAGGAUGAAGGCCCUGGGGCAGCUGACUGGGAAUGAUCUGGGCGUUUGUACCAGGCUUCUCCCAACCAAGUGUCUCCAGUUCUUCUGGAGAGACCUCGCUUUAAUUGCUGGGGCGAUAAUUACCCUCCUUUUAGUGGCAUGGGCUCUGAAGUUCUCCAAAAAGCUGGUGUGCCAGCUCAGCCUCGGGAGGCGGCGGCUGAGGAGGAACAUCCCCAAAACACACAAGGUACUGUGA